CAACCGUUGGUGUUGGUUUUGGUUUUUCAGUUCGUCGAGUUGAGUUGUUGAGACUCUUGGGAUUGCGACGGUUUAGCUUAGGAUAGGCCUGCAGUAUCGGUUCGACCUGUGGCCAGGAAUGUUGUUUGGCGCGUUUUGGCGUGUUGCGUUCGUUUGUGAUUGAGGUGCGUCGCGCGUAGUUUGUUCGCGUAAGGUAUCCGCGUAUCCGGUUUUGUCCGUCGGAUUUGGUCGGCGUCUUCGAGCCAGUGUUGAUGUGCUUUGUUGUUAGUUGGCUGGAUUGGAAAACUACGACAGCCUUACGUACGACGAGUAAUUAUUAUUUCUAAGGGGUCUUUCUCCGUUUCUUUACCUGUGUUUUGUUGGGGUGGAGUUUAAUGUGUCAGUGAGAUUUGUUUUACCUUCGGAAAUACAACACACCUUUCGUGUAUUAAGAUCGAGACCUCUGGCUGAGGUAAAUCGUGAGUUGCAGAAGCAUGGUGGUUUGUGUGUGAUCUUGCCACUGGAGGGUGUUGUCGGAGAUUGUCCUGCAAAGGGUCAAAGUUUUGAUUGAUUAUCGUAAUAAUCGCAGGAAUACAUUACGAAACAUGAGCAGCUAUCAUUGAUCUAAUAUUGGUAAUCUCCUUAUAUUGUGUGAGCCUAAGUGAAGUGUGCCAAAAUGCGGCUAUCGGCGAGGAUCAAGUGCUUCCGAUACCUGGUGUACGCGUAUAUUGUGCUGAUCUCGAUUUGUGGUGGCGCCCAGUUGGUGAUUGGCGCGUUCCUGCUAUGGACUCAUCGACAGUAUUCCAAACUGGUGAACGAUCAGUUCUGGGAACCAUUCGGCGUCAUGAUUGCACUUGGAAUUGUUUCUCAGCUUCUGUGCUACCUGGGAUGGACCUCGACGAGUAAAAAGCACCGCUGCUAUCUCGGAACGUUUUGCGUGUUCCUGGUGGCGCAGAUCAUAGUGCAGUUCCUGGUGGGCGGUUGGGCCAUGGCCUCCAGACAUCAGCUACAAAUUCCGGCCGAGCUGGCGCUAGAGUCCAACUUCCAGCAAUUCCUUGGCCUGACGGGGGCUACAGCAGACCCAACCCAUGUCUGGAAUCGGCUCCAGAGGGAUUUCCACUGCUGCGGGCUGCAUUCCGUGCAUGACUUCCAGAAGGUCACCAAACCGACCUCGGGUAUACCCUGGUCCUGCUACGAGCCCAUCAACAAAGAAAUCUACGCACACGGAUGUAUGCACGUCUUUAUGCAGAGCAUUCAGACAAACAUGAUGCGGGUGGCAGCGCUGGCCAUUGCUACCGCCUUAGUACAGAGUCUUGGCAUAUUUUGCGUGAUUCAGCUGGUGAUGUUGCUGAAGAAGACGAAAAUGACUCUCCCCAAUGGGGCAAAUGGGGCCAACCAAUCGAUGCGCAUGAAGCGACCACUGCGCGAAACGAUGCCCCUGGCGGCUCCCACGCCCAGCACCAUCAGCCAUCCGACCCCGCUGACCCCCUCGAUGAUGGGCCCACACUCGAGUGGGGUCGCCGGACCCAGCAUCAGUACAAAGCCUCCAAUCGCCCAGAAGCCGGUCGUUCCGAGAAUCGAGCCGCCCAUCAUCAAAUAGCCAAAGGGGGGCUCCAUUUUUGGAGAUAGCAUUUUCUAGGCCUGAGUGCCUAUAGGAUUUUAUUUUUGCUUUUAUUUUGCAUUGAAAUGACGCCGUGCGUUGGCUAAAUUCAGUUUGAACGCGUAGCCAGCAGCAUUCAGACCGUUUAUUGAUCUUCGACCUCUAAUUUCGACUUCUUAGGCUAAGUUUUGGAUUGUUGCAUCGCAGUGCAUGAUGUGACAAAUAGCCAUCUCGUCCAUUUAUCGUUAAAAGAAGAAAAAAACAUAGGAAUUUAUCAUAUACAUUUAGUGAGCAAAAAGGAAUAUAAUGAUAAAAACGUGUACUUAUCACAAUGCCACGGUUAGUACUUAACUAGAUACAUAAGGUUCAUCGAUUUAGCCGUUAUCUCUUCCUCUAAACUUAUCUACUACUGAACCAGUUCUGCCAAAAUGUGACGUAUGGAAAGAGCGCUAAAAAUGAAAUAAAACAAAUCAGUUCGAUACGAAAAGCGUUUCGCAUUCGCCCGGUUUACGCAUAUAAAUAUUACGCUCUUCAAUCGUAUUCGAAUGGACACUUAGUAGUUACGUAUUAGAACCUUUUUUUU